AUGUCUGGCCAGAAACUCAGCUUCGGACUCCUCAUGCUGCCAGGCUUCCAGUGGCUUGACGCUGCCGGUCCCGUCGACUACAUCAACAACCACUCGCAGGCCAUGCUCCAGGCCAUCGGGCCGAUCAUCACCUGGCACUACAUCUCCUUCGACCUCUCGCCCGUGCAAGCCACCUCGGGCCCACCCGUCAAUCCCACCGCGACCUACGCGGACUGCCCUCCGCUCGACUACCUCCUUGUCCCCGGGCCCGACCCAAACGCACCGCUGCCCCCCGGCUGCGCCGAGUUCUUGAAGGAACGCUUCGAGGGGCUCAAGGGUCUCCUCACGGUCUGCACUGGCACCAUGGCAGUCGCCCAAACAGGUCUUCUCGACGGCUACAAGGUGUGCACGAACAAGACCGCGCUGAAGACCGCACACUCGAUGGGCCUGCUGAACAAGAAUGUGCAUUGGGUCGGGGACAGGCGUUGGAUUGUGGAUCGGAAGGUUUGGAGCGCGGCGGGAGUUACCGCAGGUAUUGACCUUGGUGCAGAGUUUGCGAGGGUGAAUUUCGACCCGAUGGUGGUGGAGCUGACGAAGAUGGUGGUGGAGUACAAGCCCAACCCAGAUCAGCCGGAUGACUUCGCCUACAUCCUUGAUGGAAUUGACUACAACAAUUAG